AGAUGUAUUUAAACGUACUCUAGGCUAACGCAUUUUUCCCUUCUGAGUACCCAUACUUUUCAAGGUGUCACGUGAUUUUUGGAAAGUGGCCCUACAUUUUAUAGCCUGACAUUGAGGCAACAAGGUGCAUUUCCUGUGUUUUCUUGGUUAGAAGGUAACAGACGAGCCGUCGCCAUGGUUUCGGGGAAGAGGAUGGCUGACGUGGGAUACAGGCUGUUCUCGGGAUCCAUGAUGCUGCUGACGGUGUACGGCGGCUACCUGUGCGUCCUGCGCGGACAUCGCUACAUGGAGCGGCAGAAGCAGCUUCAGCUUCAGGCGGAGAAUCAGACGAACUCGGACUGAUCUCAAAAUGGAUCCCUUUCCGGGACCUGCGCGAACUGACAUCAUUCGCACGUCGAAAGUCGCUUCGACCUCAGCCUCUCGUUUCACCCAAAGAAGUUACGCAAAAAAAAAGGCAACGCACCACGACUCCACGCUUUGAAUUACAGAAACAUGUUUUUGCCUUGGUAACAUUAUAUUCUAGUUAAAAUCAGUGAAUUGUUUUAUGUAUAUAAUUGAAAAUGAACAAUGUCUGAUUUAAGUGUAACAGCCUUUUCAGUUUCUUUAUACUCGAAACUGGACCACUGCACUAGAAAAUACAAUUUUGUGUGACCUGCUCAUUAAAAUGUAGACUAACUUA